CCGGACUAGAAUCCAAUGAUUGGACUCGAGACUGUCCCAAGAUUCAAGGCUUCAGAGAGAAGUUAUGUGGAGCUGGAAAAGUGGGAAAGAAAGGGAAAACCAGUAGACAUUAUCGAACACCCUUUAAUCACUGCUCCUUUCAUGGCUACCGCCGUUGCCUUUUCGGACGAGUCUUCUGUGAGUUUCACGAAGAAUGAGACCUCUGGUUCUUCAACAGACGCAUUGACUCUGGAAUCAAUUAGACAGUCUUUGAUUCGACAGGAAGAUACCAUUGUCUUCAGUCUCAUCGAGAGGGCAAAGUUUCCUCUUAAUUCUCCGGCUUACAAUGAAUCUUCAUUGGAAAUUCCCGGGUUUUGUGGAUCUUUGGUUCAAUAUGUCGUCAAGGAAACAGAGGCGAUACAAGCCAAGAUUGGUAGAUAUGAAAGCCUAGAAGAGCAUCCUUUCUUCCCAGAUGAUUUACCAAAGCCAGUGGUGACCCCUUACAACUACCCACAGGUAUUGCACAGUGCAGCAGCUUCCAUCAACAUAAAUAAGAUCAUAUGGGAUAUGUAUUUCAACAAACUUCUUCCUCUUUUUGUUGCUGAAGGCAAUGAUGGAAACUAUGGUCCUACUGCAGCAGCUGAUCUGGAUUGUUUGCAGGCCUUGUCUAGACGGAUCCACUAUGGAAAAUUUGUAGCUGAGGCUAAGUUCAGAGAUGCUCCACAGGACUAUGGGCCUGCAAUUCGUGCUCAGGACAAAGAUGCUUUGAUGAAACUGUUGACAUUUGAGAGUGUUGAAGAGAUGGUGAAGAGGAGGGUUGAGAAGAAGGCCAUGGUGUUUGGGCAGGAUGUGACCCUCGAUGACAAGGGGGACAAUGGGAAGUACAAGAUCGAUCCAUCCAUAGUUUCUCGCCUCUAUGGAGAAUGGGUGAUGCCUCUAACUAAGGAUGUUCAAGUUCUAUACCUCCUCCGGCGCCUGGACUGAAGCCCUUCCUUUCCUUUGCCAUCCAAAUGUAGUAAGAUGAUGAUGUCCAGGCUAGGCCAGGCUAGAAUUGUAUUUGUUUACCCAUUGAUUGUAUCUCAAAACACUCUCCAAUGCCCUGUACUUGGAUGCCUUAUUAGAUGAACAAGUUCUACUUGGAGAAUCUACCCAAAUAAAUAAAUAAAUAAAGUGUGAGAGACUAAUAUGUUUGAAAUCUGAAA